AUAAAACCUCGCGUUUCUCGAGUCGCAGUAUUAUUCUAUGAGUAGAAACAUCAGUAUUUGACGUUCCGUUACGUAGGUUUGCGGCUUAGUCCCGGCUAGGUUACCUAUUUAAAUGGAAGAGGCGGCGAUUGACUCGCCAAAUUCACGUUUAGACGGUAAUGAUCAAAUCAUCGAGACAGAUGAUGAGAAACAGUGCGGGAACGGCAAUGACACUGAGAAUGAACAGGAGAUUCCGUAUGGGGAAUGUACACCGGAACAGACAUCGGCGAGUAGACAAAUCGACAACUCUAUCUUCAAUACCAUUUCUAAAAUUGUUAACCCUGCGGCAAAGGUACCAGAAAUUCAGGAUUUCAAAAUUGUGAAACCUAUAAGUCGUGGAGCAUUUGGCAAAGUGUUCCUUGGUUACAAGAAGUCUAAUUCUGAGAAAGUGUAUGCGAUUAAAGUAAUGAAGAAGAAUGAAAUGAUAAACAAGAACAUGGCUUCUCAAGUAAUAAUUGAGCGAAAUGCAUUGGCCUUAACUCGUAGUCCUUAUUGCGUACAAUUAUUUUAUUCACUGCAGUCUGUGAGCAGUGUCUAUUUAGUGAUGGAGUACAUGGUGGGUGGAGAUCUUAAGAGCUUACUGGGAGUGUAUGGGUAUAUGGAAGAGUCCAUGGCAGCUUUUUAUACUGCAGAAGUGUGUCUUGCAUUGGACUAUCUUCACUCCCAUGGGAUUGUACAUAGAGAUUUAAAGCCAGAUAAUAUGCUUUUGUCACGAGAGGGACACGUCAAGCUGACGGAUUUUGGACUCAGUAAAAUAUCCUUACAUAGAGAUCUUGAAAUAUCAGAUUUAAUGAAUUGUACACCCAGCCUCUGUGCUAGAACUCCUGGACAGCUCUUAUCGUUGACGUCGCACUUGUCCUUUGGUUCUGGACACCGAUCUACUAGCGAAUCUAAUUUGAGCGAUAGAAGUACGCCCGGCGUUAACUUGCUUGCCGCGUUGCAACGGAAUUGUACUAAAAUCCAAUCGUCGCCUAACUCAGUCGUUUCUUCCGUUGCAUCCGGAGACUAUUCUCGGGUAUCUGGUAUCACUCCAUUUCAAUCCGCUGAGGAUCUUCGGUUCGGGGAACGUUUCGGAGAGAAAAUCAUAGCUGAAACCGCAGACGGUGAACAAGAGAGUAGCUCCGGGAGUUAUCAUACGUGCGAAGCAUCUUCUAUUCGCAUUAAUAGUCAAUUAAAUCAAGAUGUGGAUGACGAAGAUGAGUCGACACUAGAAGCAGAGCAGUCCCAACAGACUCUUUUCCAUACUAGCCCAUUGAGUACAUGCGUAAGCACGCUUACGAGGGGUGCAAAGAGGAAGAGGACCACAACGGGGGGCGCAACCGGUCUUACGUGCGAGAUAAACGCUAUGGAUUUGGAAGUAGACAAAACGCCGAAAAGAAAGAAUCGUGGUUGUAUAUUUUCCAGAAGUCCUAUAAAUUCCACUGUUCCUGAAUCGAUGAAGCAAUCAAACAAUGUUAAUCGUGUAAAUGGAGGACAGGAAGGUGGAUCAGGCGGGAGGGUUGCCUUUAGUACACCAGUGUCGUCCAUGAAACAAAAAGAAAGGACUAUGCAGAGAUGUCACAGCGAAGAGGAGGAGGAGAAAGGUGGUGCUGAAACAGUACCCCUGAUCAAAGCUACAAGAUUCCAACUUCCACCGCCUAUGGCAUCACACCUGGCUCCUGAUAUGUCAAUAGACACGUCGGUGGAGCACCGUUCUCCUCAGGGUAUAUCACCUAUUAAGACUCCCGCAACAUCGAGCACCUGCUACACACCUUACAGAACACCAAAGUCUGUCAGAAGAGGUGGUCAGGCUGCUGUCAAUAGAUCAGACGAUCGUAUCCUUGGAACACCUGAUUAUCUAGCUCCAGAGUUACUUCUGAAACAAGGCCACGGACCGGCGGUAGAUUGGUGGGCGUUGGGUGUCUGUCUAUUUGAAUUUUGCACCGGUCUUCCGCCAUUUAAUGAUGAAACACCGCAAGCUGUGUUCGCCAAUAUUUUAGCUAGAGAUGUUCCGUGGCCGGAGGACGAAGAGGCGCUGUCGUCCGCGGCCACGGAAGCCAUUGAUGCUCUUCUGACGUUAGACCAGCAAGAACGCCCCUCGGCGAAGAAAGUGCGGACUAUGAAUCUCUUCCACGACUUCCCUUGGAGUGAACCGAUAAAGGCGGUCCCACCAUUUGUUCCUCAACCUGACGACAAUUAUGAUACAUGCUAUUUUCAAGCACGGAACAUUAUGCAGCAUCUGGACGUGAGCAACUGCGAUACGUGAUUCAGGGGAAAGCCGUUUAUAUACACUGCCUGCUCUGUGACGGGAAUAAAACACCAUUAACGCAAGA